AGCUGUUUAGUCCCAAAUAAAUGUGUCUGUCUGUAUUAGCCCCUCGUUGCAGGGCUGCAAUCAGGGCCAGCUGAACAGCCCUGGGCUUGUUCCUGAGCAGGGGAGAGUGGAUGAGGGAAGGCUAGCUAUUGGUGUUAAAGAAAAGAUGGAAAGGUAAGAUCAUAUCAGGAGGGCAGUGUCAGCUAACACUGCAAGCCUCCUCAGUUUACUCAAUGCAUCAUCUUAAGUAACCAACCAAAGGUGGGGACAACGGCAGAAGACAUCUAUUAUCAUGUAUAAAGGCAAUUACUUCCCUUUAGUACUAAAACUUCCCUUUAGUACUAAAGACACUCGUGCUACUCAACCACCAGGCUCUCCAUAGUGGCAGUAUCAUCUAGCCUUCAGGAUGAGUAUACACUCACCUGGGUCUAGAUCUAUUGUUAUUUAGGUAGGAACCAUUCACCACCUAGACCAGAACAUCCUGCAGUCAUUAGCUGAUAUCCUAAAGGCAAUAGCUGUCAGGACUCUCUGAACUUGUGGCAGGAAGGAACAGAUUUCCGAUAUACGGAAAUAACAAAGGCUUAUAAUGAUUAUAUAAUGUGUGGGCUGGGAACCCGCUGCUUGCUGUCAAAAUAGGCAAGUUCAUGAAACCCGGGAAAGUGGUGCUGGUACUAGCUGGAUGCUACUCCAGACGCAAAGCUGUCAUCGUGAAGAACAUUGAUGAUGGCACCUCCGACUGUCCUUACAGCCAUGCCCUGGUGGCUGGAAUUGACCACUAUCCCCCAAAAGUGACAGCUGCCAUGGGCAAGAAGAAAAAUGCCAAGCGAUCAAAGAUCAAGUCCUUUGUGAAAGUUUAUAACUACAAUCACCUCAUGCCCACAAGGUACUCUGUGGACAUUCCCUUGGACAAAACUGUUGUCAAUAAGGAUGUCUUUAGAGACCCAGCCCUGAAACGCAAGGCGAGGCGGGAAGUCAAGAUCAAGUUUGAGGAACGAUAUAAGACAGGGAAGAACAAAUAGUUUUUCCAGAAGCUUCACUUUUAGGUAUAUUUUUGUUUCCAUCAUUAAAAUGUUUAAAAAACAAAAAAA